AUGGGGCAAAGAGGAAGGCCACGCAAGAACCAAAAAGUUCAAUCGACUCCGACUGCUCCAGUGGUGACGUCUGUGCCGAUUGAUUCUCAGUCCGAUAAGACUACUCCGGUGAACUCACCUCUUGUAAGCAAUGUUAGCAAUGGAACAAUUAAUAGUACUGGGUCGACAACUCAACACUCCGAAUCAGCUAUUCUGGCUACCGCAAGACCAACGGUGGCUGCUUCUCGCCGAUUGGAAUUGCGUGAGAUUCCAGUUCCUGAAGAGGUGGUUGCGGUGCCGACAAAUUCUGGGCAUGAGGGUAAUAGACGUGCAACUAAGGGCAUGAAACUUUCCUUCAUUGCUCCUACAAUUAGGAAUUGUAAUCUUACUGCUUGUUUGCAAGUCAAUGAGGUAGCUAGUGAAUCUGCAAAAUGGGCUUCCUCGGUAAUUUUGUAUGUUGUUGGUGACCAACCCACUCUGAAGUACAUAAAUACUUUUAUUGAGAAGAACUGGAAUUGUGUAACUCAACCAGAGGUGUUAUUGCAUAAUGAUGGAUAUUUUGUUAUUAGAUUUGGUACCUUGAAUGAGAGAAAUGAAGUGUUGUUUUUAGGGCCUUACACUAUUGCCAAUAAGCCAGUAAUUGUGAAGGCUUGGACCUCUGACUUUGAUUUCAAUUCUGAAAUCUUGAAAGUGGUUCCCUUGUGGAUACAACUUCCUAAUUUUCCUCUAAAUUGUUGGGGUACGGAUUCUCUAAGUAGGAUUGGUAGUGCCCUUGGUACCCCAUUAUUUGCUGAUGAAUGCACUAGUAAGCAAUCCCGGAUUUCUUUUGCACGAAUGUUGGUUGAAAUUGAUGUAACUAGGCCUAUUAUGCAAAAGGUUAUGGUGCAGGAACCUAGUGGGAAGUUGUUUGAAUAG